CUUAUAUAGUACACAGACACCACAAAAACAAAGCGUGUGCGCAUGAUAGAAGACGUCAAUUUUUCAUCAGCUACCUCAAGCCAAAAUUUGCCGCGAGGCAGCAUUUGUAUAAAAAAGCUAAGUCUGCCCUGCAUUCCUACCUCUCUGCCUGCACCGCAUGUCCAUCCAUACAAUUCCCCUAGUCUUGCUGCCAUGAGACGUCGCCGUCUUCCAGCUUCACUUGCUUGUUUGUUUUUUUUGCCCCAGUCCGUCAUCAAUCGUAAAGAAGAGAAAAAGAAGCGAAAAAAGGGGGCAAGUGCCAAGAAGAAACAUCUCCAAUCCAGGAUAUACAAUGCCCGUAUGCGCGUGCAUGUGAUUCAGGCCGAAUCCACAGGCCAUCUAUCCAACAACAACCCCCUAAUGCAUAUAUCACAAAAUAAAACAAGUUUAAAGAAAAAAAAAAGGUUCUCCUCUAGAAUUGCACAAGUGCAAUGUAAAGACACCAGAAAGAAUAUAAUUUUUUUGGUGCAAAAGGAAGAAAAACAUGCAAAAUUGAAAGAAAGAAAACAAAUAUAGUCAUGACAUAUCUCUGCCAGAAAAUAAAUCCCUCCAGAGAGAACCUCUUCAAAAACAUCGACCCCAUAUUUUGAACUCACAAGAUGAUACGAACAUAGCAUUCGCAUCUUGGGGAAUAAUAAAAACCAAAACCAAACUGGAAGCAAAGAAAAGCAUGGCAAGAACGCCA